GUCUAGUUGGCCAACCAUUUAAUUUUCCUGAGGAGUCGGAAGCGGGUGUUGCAAAUCGGAAUUUAUAAACAGGGCUCUCCUUGAGAUGUUCUCAGGGUAUCAGGAGCGGGAUGACUACGAGGACGAGUUGUACCAGGAUGAUGCAGACUCGAGUUUGUCUGACGCUGACAGUGAACUGGAGUUCCGGCUUUAUUCCCAGCUGCACUACAGCGCUGAGAUCCAGGAGGACCGGGAGGACCCGAGAGAGGUCCAGUCAUCAGUACCACGGACUCAAACACAGCAGAAAUCCUUGCCUCGUGCUCUACCUGUAGAUGUUAUUGUGAUUGACUCUGGCACAGAUGCUAUCACAGUGUCAGACAGCUCUGAGGAAGAUGACAGCGUCUGUACUAAAAAGGGUCAAUCAUCAAAAUGCUGGAACAGGAAGUUGCAGACCCAUAGCUUGCUUUCACCCUCUCUACCACAAGUUCAAGCAAGAAGGAGCUCCCCAGAUGAUGUUGUUGUGUUGGAUUCUGAUUCAGACGACAGCUCUUCUGAAUCUGCACCUCCUUUUGUGGAGGAUCUGAAUUCGGACUCAGAUGGGCUGGAGAACUGGAUGAUUCUGGGCCAGAACAAACAGGAUGGAGAUCAGAACAUCCAGCUCAACCUCUCCUUACCAGAACAUGCAAAUGAUGAAGAGAAUAAACAGAUCUGGGCUGUAUCAGAAAAGGAUAAAGGGGCUCAGAUCUCUAAUAAAGGGUUUGGCCCGAGGCGUGUUUCAAACCGUUACUACAAUGAAAAAUCCAUCACGUGUCACAACUGCAAAAAGUCCGGCCAUCUCUCCAGAAACUGCCCCGCACCAAAGAAGUUGUCAUGCUGCUCAUUAUGUGGGCUUCAGGGACACUUUCUGAGGAUCUGUCCGAACCGUUACUGUUCUAACUGCUCACUGCCCGGCCACACCAAUGACAACUGUCUGGAGAGAGCUUACUGGCACAAACGCUGCCACCGCUGUGACAUGACCGGACAUUUCUUUGACACGCUUCACAGGCUGUGAGUGGGACACACGCUCCACUCGUCACCCCCAACAACAACCCCACCGAGAGAGACAGAAAUGGGGGAGGAA